AUGGCUGGAACAACUACCACUACAACAGUUGUCACUUUAGAACAAGAGGAAAAUGUGGAACAAGAUCAAGUGGAGCAAUUGGUUUUGCGAUUGAGACCACCAAGUAGUCCACCGCAUGUUACUUGGGCGGCUGAUGUUGUUGGUAAGCUAAUUGGGCGUUUCGAGACCGGUUUUUCUUGUUGUGUGCAAUUGUGCGUCACGGUGUAUCCCCGCGCUGUUCACGAUUUUUGAAUUUUUUCCAGACAAUGAACAUAUGGGUCGGCUCAAAUCGAAUUGCUGUUGUAUUUAUACUCCACCACGUAAAUGGGAUGAUCCAAGUACUUGGGAACCGGAUGAGCACGAAACCGAACAUUGUCGUGGGCACACUCUUCCCGAAAGAAAACCGAAAGAUCAAGAACCAAAGUAGGUUUUUUAUAUUUUUAUUUUUCGUAUACAUCGUUUAUGUAUAUUUUUUUCCAGAUCUGGUGGAUGUGGAUCGUCAGGAUGCGGUUGCUAA